AUGGCCAAGACUCGCGCCUCUGCCACCACCAUCAAGAAGCCUCGAGAAGGUCGUCCUCGGAAGCCCCAGGCCUCUGGUGAUGAGGCUGAGCGGCAGCCUGCUCCGUCUGCUACGACCAAGCGCAACCCUUCUCUCUCCCCUACUCCCACUCGUUCUCAGGCUCACCAGAAUUCUACACCUUUGGCUGGGGAUGAGAAAGAGGUUCAACGGAUCACCAAAAGCUUCAUUUCAAACGAGGCUGAUGACGUUCAUUGCCACUCUGAGACUUCAGAGGAUGAAGGUUCCGAUCAGGACAAGUACUGCGAGAUCGACACCUCGUUGAAGGUGAAGGAGCUGCAGGCUGCUAGGGCUCGUCGAGAAUCCCAGCAGGCUGAGAAGAUGGCUGGCAUCUCCUCUGACGAUGGCGAUUACCAUGUGUGUGUUCCUGACAAUCAGAAGACGCCUAGGAAAAAGCCUUCUAUGGGAAAGCUGAACGUCUCUCCAAAGUCUCCAUCUCCGCAAAAGCCUAGACACCCCUCAGCUUCCAAGCCUGUGGUCGAGAUCACUAUGACACCCCGUGGGCGUCAGCAGCGUCGCACCAAGUCAGAGUCAAACAUCACUCACUUGACGCCAACGAAGCGUGGCAAGGCAGCCCAACUCAGGCCCCAGGCUGAGGACUCAGACGAUGACAUCAUGUCUGAAUUUGAGUUGGAGGCAGCUGGGGGGGCUGAAGACGCUAUGGAUAUUGAUGACGAGGACUCUAACCCAGAUGCUCUUUACGUGCUCAGUCCUGACCACACCACCAAUGGCACACCGAGCAAGAAGCUUGCAAGCAAGAUGUCCUCGAUCAAGAUGAAAGACAGGACUCCUUCGACUAGCUCGACUCCAACCAAGAAGAGAAACGUCAAGGUGCAAGCUGACAGCUUGGUUGACACUGCCUCUCAUGCUAGUGGUAGUCUUGUAUCUGCUUUCAAGGCGGCAGGCAAGCGUUCCAAGUCUUCUGAAGAUGAAGGCAGUGAUGACGCUCUCAAAAUGUCUCCCACAAAAAAGGCCCGCUUCUCAAUCAAGUACAAGUCUGCGUCAACCCAGACCACCGACCUGUCGGAAGUGAAAGUUGAACGCCUGGUGUUGCCUAAGCCUCUCAACAUGCAGAAGCUCAAGGACAAGGCCUCAAAAUCGGUACCGCACGAGCUUUGGGGUGUUCAGCAGUCAAUCGACAGGAGCCCCACGAUCGCCAACAUUCGCCAUGGGCUGCCUGACUUUGAGAAUGACGGCAAGACGUACAUGGUGAACUACAUUCACCCACUGCAUGUGAGCCCCACUAGUAGGCUUCUGACCUCGAAGCACUACCCCACGGUGCAUCCAACGAUCUUUUACAAGACGUUGGCCAACACUGGCGACGGCAUGAAGGUCUUCAAUAUUGGAUGCGCAGACCCUAAGUUCUUCAAGAAGGUCUCCAAGUUCAAGGCUAACUCAUACUAUCUGUGUUUCGACAACCUGGCUCUUGGCAACAACAUAGCUAUUGGCUAUGCUGUUGGCAUGGUGAUCAGAGCGCACACGGAGAACAACGGGGAGUUCCAGUUCAGUGCCACGUCGUUAUACGGCAAAGGUAUUCACCUUGAGCUGCUCGGCAAGGCUGAUAAUGCUCGACUGGGUCCUUUUGUCCUUCGUGCCAUGGACUACCAGGAAGCAACGAUCGCCACUGGUGAAACUGCGCUCUUGAAGAAUGAUGAGCUUGUUAGCCAGGGUUGCUUCUGGGCACACUCUGCGUUGCACAACCCUGAACGUGCAAGUACCAUGACACCUCGGCCUAAAAGGUCAAUCUCUGGUCCUGUCCCGAAGAGCAUCCACCUCAGCUCAGAUGAGGACGACGAGGAAGUGGGUUCCUCUAGUCGCUCUGUGCGGCAGUCUGAUCCCAUCAAGGAUCUGAGUGACAGGGUGAAGUCGUAUCACUCACCCGAUGCCACCUACCCAGUUUGGGACGCCACUGCGCACUUCCAGAAGGAAGACAGAGUCGAGAGCUAUCUCCUCAACCAGCCUCAGUUGCUCCCUCGCUGCCUUCCUGGUGAGGGUGGUGAACCACUCCAGCCUCACGAUCUGGCUGUCGUCUACUUCACCUGCAACUCUUACUCUAGUAAGAGUGGCAGUGACGACAAGCCUUCAAUUGGCUUCAACCUCUGCGGUGCAGUGAAGAUCGCCUCUCAUGUGUUGGUCGAGGAGAGCACCUAG